AUGGGAUCCUGUUGUUCAGAUUAAAAUAUUUAAAAUCAAUUUGAUAAUCAUAAUGCUCGAGUUACUAAUUUAUAUUAAGAAACAGAUGCUUAAACAGAAGAAAUAAAAAAAUAAACUCCAGCUAAUGUAACAGCAGCUCAAGUAGAAUAUAUAAUUUCAGAUGAAAAAAGAGAAGAAUAAGAAAACAAAUAAGAAAUAAAUAAUGUAAGUAAUGAUUAAAGGAUAGAUAUUUACUAAUAUGUAUAGUUUGUGGAAAAUUAUAAGGAUUAUUUAGAUGAAUAAGGGUUAAUAAAUAAUGUAAAAAUUGAUUAAUUCGAAAAACAUAUACAAGCUCAAUUGAAAAAUAUUUUAAAAAUACCAAUUUAAAAUGAAGAUGGUUCUUACAAAUUAGCUAGUGGUGCUAUUUAUGAAGGAAAAUUAGACGAAAAUUAUGGCAAAGUAGGAAAAGGAAAAUUAAAAGAUAAAGAUUAUGAAUUUGAAGGCGAAUUUUAAAAUGAUUUACCAAGUGGAAAUGGGAAAGAAAUAAGAAAAUAAGUUGUAUAUGAAGGAAGCUUUUAAAAAGGACUUUAUGAUGGAUUCGGUAAGCUAAGCUUCCCUAAUGGAAGAGUAUAUGAAGGAAAUUUCAAAAAUCAUUAAUUCCAUGGUAAAGGAGAGUUAAUUAAUGAUGAUGGCGUUAGAUACAAGGGAGAUUGGGAAAAUGGAUGUUUAUUAAUCGGAGUUAUUAGUUAUCAUGAUGGAUCUUAUUAUACUGGCAGUUUAAAAGGAAAUUUCUUUAAAGAUGGUAAAGGAACACUUUAUAACAAAGAAUCUAUGCCUUAAUAUGAAGGUCUUUGGGAAAAUGAUCAACCUAAAAUUUGCAAAGUAUUUAAUAUUUUUGAUAAUCAUCAUAUCUUUUAUGAUGGAGAAAUGGAAAAUUAUGCUAUAACAGGAAAGGGAGAAAGAUUCUAUCCUGAUGGAAAAUAUUAAGGUUAAUUAUAAAGAGAUAGAAAAGAAGGAAAAGGAAAUAUGCUUUAUUCAGAUGGAGCUAAAUUUGAAGGUUUUUGGGAAAACGAUUUAUAAACAAAAGGAAAAUAUAUAUAUAAUUUAAAAAAUCCAUAAUUCUUUUAUGAUGGAUAAUGGAAAAAUGGAAUUUAAGAGGGAGAAGGAGAAUAUAAAUAUCCGUCAGGAGGAAUUUAUAAAGGUGAUAUUAAAGCAAAUAAAAGACAUGGAUUUGGCACUUAUUUAUAUUCAAAUGGAAAUAAAUAUGUGGGAAUUUGGGAUAAUAAUAAUUAGUAAGGAGAUGGCUAAUUCUACUUUGCAAGUGAAAAUAAUGAACAUGGAGAUGUAUAUAGUGGGUAAUUUGAAUAAGGAAAGUUCAAUGGAUUUGGAAAUUAUUUUUAUAAGAAAUCUGGGAAAUAAUAUAUAGGUUACUGGGAAAACGAUAAAUGGAAUGGAAUCGGUAUUUUUAGAAAUAAAGAUGGCAAGAUUAUUAAAUGUGGGGAAUGGAAAAGUGAUAAAUUUAUUAAAGAUGUUGAUGAGAAAGAUGUAGUUUUUCCUGCUGAUUGGGAAAAUAAAUAUAAAAUUAUUUCAGAUAUAGGAGAAUAAUUGCAAAAUCCUUAAGAUUAAGAUUAACAAUGA